AUUUACCAGUGACGUGUUCUUCCAUUUCGAAAAAAGUUCCUCAAUAAUAAUACAUUUAGUAUAUGAAACUUUGAGAGUAAAUAGUUACCAUUUCGUACAAUCGACGUGUCUUUAAAGUAAGUUUAAAUCUACCCCUUUAAAAGUGUAUACAGUUUAUACCAUUUAAGAAUCAUUAAAGACUCGUAUUUGUUCCAUUUAAUUUAAGCAAAUGUGUCUGUUUAAAUAAAGAUAGUAAUUAAUGUGUACACUUCUAAAUUAUUAUUUAUUACUAACAAAUAUUGUAUACUUGUCUAAUUAUUAAAACAUUACAUUUUUUAUAAAUCAUUAUAUUUCAGAAAACAUGUCGACGUAUGAGGAAUUUAUUGAGCAAAAUGAAGAGCGUGAUGGUGUCCGUUUGUCAUGGAAUGUAUGGCCGGCCAGUAGAUUAGAAGCUACUCGUUUGGUUGUGCCAGUUGGUUGUUUAUAUCAGCCAUUAAAAGAAAGGCUUGGUUAGUUUAGAAUUUAUUAUAUAAAAGAUAGUGAUUUAGUUAUUGAUAUUUUUCAUAUAUGAUUAGAUUUACCUCCAAUACAAUAUGAUCCUGUACUUUGCACUCGAAAUACUUGUCGUGCAAUUUUAAAUCCUCUAUGUCAGGUGGACUAUAGAGGUAAAAUGUGGAUAUGCAAUUUUUGUUUUCAAUGUAAUUCAGUAAGUUAUAACUUUUGUCUUAAUUGGUACUUUUUAUAAAUUGGUCUUUGUUUUAGUUUCCUCCUCAAUAUGGAGCAAUUUCAGAACAACAUCAACCAGCUGAACUUAUUCCAGCUUUUUCUACCAUUGAAUACUCUAUAACGGUAAGAUUGGUAAAAAUGAUUAUAAUAAUAGUUUCAAUGAUAUAUACAUUUGUAUUAUACCUACUUAAUUUAGAGAGCUAAAACUAUGCCACCCAUAUUUUUAUUUGUUGUGGAUACGUGUAUGGAUGAUGAAGAACUUGGGGCACUCAAAGAUUCUUUACAAAUGUCUCUUAGUUUACUACCACCCAAUGCACUUCUUGGAUUAAUCACAUUUGGAAAUAUUGUUCAGGUAAAAAUAGAUAUACAUUAUAUUUUUAUUUUGUUUAAAAGUAAUAAACAUAUACUUGUUUUUAGGUACAUGAAUUAGGUUGUGAAGGUAUUUCAAAAUCGUACGUAUUUAGAGGUACCAAAGAUUUACCACCUAAACAAAUUCAAGAUAUUUUAGGAAUUGGUAAAUAUGCUAAUUCAAAUUCACAAUUGAAUGCACCGCAACAGCAACAACAACAACAAAUAAAUACAUCUGUUAAUAGGUUGGUAUUUUUUAGUUACAUUAUUUUGGUGGUUUCCAUGUGUAUUGACUGAGGUUUUUCUAAUAUAUGUAUAGAUUUAUACAACCAGUUCAAAAUUGUGAUGUGAACAUGUCAGAUUUAUUAAACGAACUUUUAAAAGAUCCAUGGCCUGUUUCUCAAGGUAUGAGACCAUUAAGAAGCACAGGAAUGGCAUUAUCAAUAGCUGUUAGCUUACUAGAGGUAGUAGACAAACAACAAAUAACCAUUUUCUUCAAAUUCAAAAUUAUAUUUCCUUUACAGUCCUCUUAUCCGUAUUCUGGUGCUCGUAUUAUGUUAUUUGUCGGUGGAGCGUGUUCCCAAGGUCCUGGUCAUGUUGUCAAUGAAAAGUUAUCUGAUACAAUUCGUUCUCAUGAUCAAAUUAUGAAAGAUAAUGCUCCUUACAUGAAAAAAGCCACUAAACAUUAUGAUAACUUAGCAGUCCGUGCUGCUACAAAUGGACAUACAAUUGAUAUUUACGCUUGUGCAUUGGAUCAAACUGGUUUAAUGGAAAUGAAGCAAUGUUGUAAUUCAACAGGGUUUGUUAUUUGCUUAAAGAAUUAUAAUCUAGAAUUUGAGUUAAUUUUUUAAUUUUCAGAGGUCAUAUGGUGAUGGGUGAUUCUUUCAAUUCAUCUCUUUUUAAACAAACAUUCCAAAGGGUACUAGCACGUGAUCAUGAAAAUAAUUUAAAAAUGGCUUUCAACGCUAAUUUAGAAAUAAAAACUUCCAGGGAAAUAAAAAGUAAUUAGUUGCAUUGUAUAUUAUGUUAUUAAAUUGAGUUUUGAAAUUCAUAAUUUAAAAAUUUAUUUUUAUUUAGUAAUGGGAGCUAUUGGUCCAUGUGUUUCAUUAAAUAUCAAGAACCCGUGUGUUUCCGAUUGUGAUUUAGGAUUAGGUGGCACUUGUCAAUGGAAAAUGUGCAGCAUCAUGCCCAAUACGACAUGUGCAUUUUUCUUUGAAAUUGUUAACCAAGUAAAUAAAUUAAAAAUAGUUGAUAAAAUAUAUUUCUUAGUCAUUUUAUACCGGUUAAUUUCAGAAUUGAGUUUCUUUUUAUUAUACACUUUCUAUAAACUAUAUAAAAUAAUAUUUAAGAACUUAGUAGAAUUUGAUUAUUAAGAAAAUUAUUGUAGAUGGAUCAGUCAAUGUUUCAUUAGUUACAAUUGUAUUAAUUUUUAGCACGGAUCACCAAUACCACAAGGAGGACGUGGCUGUAUACAGUUUAUUACACAAUAUCAACAUUCCAGUGGCUAUAAGCGUAUUCGAGUCACAACAUUAGCAAGAAAGUAUGUAAUAUUUUAUUUUGUUUUUGUAUGUAAUUUUAAUACAUUUUUGUUUUUGUGGAUUUUAUUCUUUAGUUGGGCAGAUCCUGUUCAGAAUAUGAUGCAUGUAAAUGCUAGCUUUGAUCAAGAAGCAUCUGCAGUUUUAAUGGCUCGUAUGGUUGUGAAUCGUGCAGAAACUGAAGAUAGUCCAGAUGUUAUGCGAUGGGCUGAUCGUACUCUUAUACGCUUGGUAAUGUAUAAAUAUAUUUAUAUUUUUUAAUAAAAAUUCAUUAAUUGUUUAAAUUUAGUGUCAGAAGUUUGGUGAUUAUCAAAAGGAUAAUCCACAAAGUUUUCGAUUGCUAGAAAACUUCAGUUUGUAUCCUCAGUUUAUGUAUCACUUAAGACGGUCCCAAUUUUUACAAGUUUUUAAUAAUAGUCCUGAUGAAACUUCAUAUUACAGGUGAAAAUUGAUUAUACACAAAUCAAAAUUUAAAAAAAUAAAAAUAUAUAUAUAUAUUUCAUUUCUAGACACAUGUUAAUGCGGGAAGAUGUCACACAAAGUUUAAUCAUGAUACAGCCUAUUCUAUAUAGCUAUAGUUUCAAUGGAAGGCCAGAACCUGUACUUUUGGAUACCAGUAGUAUUCAACCAGAUAAAAUUUUAUUGAUGGAUACAUUUUUCCAUAUUUUAAUAUUCCAUGGAGAAGUCAGUUAAUUUUAUUAUUAUUAGUUAAUUAUAAUAUAAAAUAUCUUAUAUAAUGACAUUAAUUGAUACAUAAUAUAUUUUAGACUAUUGCUCAAUGGAGAGCAAUGGAUUAUCAGAACAGACCGGAGUAUAGUAAUUUCAAACAGCUGCUUCAAGCACCUGUUGAUGAUGCUCAAGAAAUUCUUAAAACUCGUUUUCCAAUGCCACGGUAUAUUGACACUGAACAAGGUGGCAGCCAGGUUAGUUUACUAUAAGUUAUAAUUGUAUUUUAUAUAUAUAUAUAUAUAUAUUAAAAAUAAUUUGUACAUUUUUUAUUUUUAGGCUAGAUUUUUGUUGUGUAAAGUAAAUCCGUCUCAAACACAUAAUAAUAUGUAUGCUUACGGUGGCGUAAGUAUUAAAAUUAUUAUUUUAUAUUUAAAUAAAUAAGGAUUAAUUGAUAGUUAUCAUCACUUAUAUGACAUUUUAGGAUGGAGGCGCUCCAGUUUUGACAGAUGAUGUAAGCUUGCAACUAUUUAUGGAACAUUUGAAGAAGUUGGCUGUUUCGUCGAAUGCUUAAAAUAUUAAAAUAUAUAAAUUCAUUGCUAUUUAAAAUUCUGUUAUAUAUAUCACUCUAAAUUAGAUGAUGAAUUAAAAUAUUUUUAAACUAAGAUCAAUCACAUAUUCACUGUUAGCAUUUGUACAAUGAUAAAGCCAACAUUUUUAAUUAAAAAUUGAAUUUUUAAAAGUUAUAAAAUGUAUGUGUACUUCUAUUUAUACAUACUAUAAACAUAUAUGAACUAUAUGUGUAUUAUUAUAUUAUAUUCAACUACUUUUUAUAUAAAUUUAUUCUAUUAGUAAUAAAACAAUACAAAAUAAUUAGAAUCAUAUAUGGAUAAAAUAUUAAAUUCCCUGACUACUGUCCAGUAUAAUAAUAAUUUAUAAAAAUAAACAAAUUUAAUUAGUUUAAAAAUCUGAUAGACAUUUUGUGUUCGAUAUCAGACUUUUCAAAUGUUUUGCUGAAUUCUUCAAAUGAAAUUAAACCAUCUUCAUCUACAUCUGCCUCGGAAAUGGUUUUGUCAGCAAUUAUAGAUAACUGUUCUUCGCUAAAAUUGAAUUGUACAAUCAGAAAGAGAAAAUAUUACAUAUCUAUAUUAUGUUAUACAUACCUGAUAUUGGCACCAACCAUCAUGUGUAAAAUAACCAAAAGCUCAUCCUUGGAUAUCAAACCAUCGUUAUCAACAUCAUACAUAUCAAAAGCAACUAAAAUUAUAUAAUUAUUAAAUAAUAUAUUUAAAAAAUAAUAGUUCAUUAUAAAUAAAUGUUAAUUACAUUUUACUUUUUCCAUCCUAUUGUUUUGUUUGAUCUCUUUACUAGGUCGAAUUGGUCUAAAUUUUGCUAGCACUCUCAUAAACUGCAAGAAAUUAAUACGACCACUAUUAUUCCCAGAGUCUGUAUGAAACAAAUCGACUAUUCUUUCUCCCAAAGGAUUUAUGGCCAACUCUGGUAUACGAAGUAAGUCUUCUCUACUGAGUGUACCCAAAUCGCCUCGGUCCAAGCUAGUAAACCUACUAUACAGACGUUCUAUUUGGUUUGCAGUGA